AUGUUUCCCUUCGCCAUCUUUUCUUUUUAUCUCCUAGUCAAUAUUUGUUCAUCGUCCUCUUCUUCUCCUCCUUCUCUCUUUCUUCUCCUUCUUCUUCUUCUUCUUCUGCUCCUCCUCUUCUUCUCCUUCUCCUCCUCCCUCUCCUCUUCUUCUUUUCCUGCUCCUCCUCUUUUUCUUUUUCUUCUCCUACUUCUCUUCUUCUACUUCUCCUACUCUUUUUCUUCUUCUUCUGCUCCUCAUCCUUCUUUUCCUCCUCCUCUUCUUUUUCUUUUUCUUCUACUUCUCUUCUUCUCCUUCCCCUCCUAUUCCUCUUCUUCCCCUCCUCUUCUUCUCCUUCUCCUCCUCCUCCUCCUCUACUCAUCCUCCUCCUCUUUUUCUUUUUCUUCUCCUACUUCUCUUCUUCUCCUUCUCCUACUCUUUUUCUUCUUCUUCUUCUGCUCCUCAUCCUUCUUUUCCUCCUCCUCUUCUUUUUCUUUUUCUUCUACUUCUCUUCUUCUCCUUCUCCUCCUCUUCCUCUUCUUCCCCUCCUCUUCUUCUCCUUCUCCUCCUCCUCCUCCUCUCCUCCUGCUCCUCCUCUCCUCCUGCUCCUCCUCUUCUUCUUCUUCUUCUUCUUCUUCUUCCGAUCUCUUUCUCUAUUCCCUUCUCCUUCUGUUUUUUUCUCUUUUUCACACUUGUCACUUCCACCUCUUUUAA